AUGUUGGCCUCGCAAGCUUCAAGGGCCCAUUCUCCACCAUGUCACAAGCUGCAAUUGAUGGUGCGGCCACUUGUGCCAGCCCCACGGGCCCCACGUCACAUCUCGCCAUUCAUUGCCGGUGGAGCUGCCUUCUUAGUUGCCAGAAGUCCUAGAGGAUUCAGCAUGAAAAGGUGCGCGGCUGAAACCUCAGAAGGAAAGCAGGAAGACGAGGAAGAGGAGGAAACCCCGCUGCAACUUGUAUUGAACCUUGCCACUGUCAUUGCAGACGAGGCUGCUAGCCUAGUGCCAGUUGCUGGCCCUAUCAGAGAUGGGUUGCGGGCUGCAGAAGAAGGGCGCUUGUGGGAUUAUUGUUACCAUGUUGCGAUGCUUCUGUGUGAUGUCACGCCGCUGGUGAUUGAAAGUGAGGCGAUGCGUAUGGCAGGGCUAUCCUCAAAAGUGGCCAAGAUGGUGCGGCAAGGGAAAAAGGGCUACUCGUUGAGGAAGGUGGCUGCUGCAGCCAAGCAGCUUUCAGAAGAUGCCGAGUUGGCACGGAAGCUUAGUCCUCAAGUCAGGAUGGUUUUGAAGGUCGUGCAUAAAGUUUGUGUACGAUUGAUGAACGAGUCUUCUGAGAAAGACAAAUCGUGA